UGUCUCCAUCUUUACAGAGACAUCUUGUUAAAAGGUGGCAAUGCUGUGGACGCCGCCAUUGCAGCCAUGCUAUGUUCCGGGCUGACCAGUCCACAGUCUAUGGGCAUAGGAGGUGGAUUCUUCAUGACAUUUUAUAGAAGGUUGUCUUUUGUCAUGACAGUUUAUAGAAGGUUGUCUUUUGUCAUGACAGUUUAUAGAAGGUUGUCUUUUGUCAUGACAAUUUAUAGUAAUUUACUUAUUAUUAUUAUUUUUUACAGGUCAUAGAAAAAAAAUAAUAUAAUAUAUAGAUUGUUGGUUUGGUUUCGAGAUAUAUAGAAGGGUAUUUUUUCAUUUAAAAUGGUAUAGUAGGUUGGGGUAUAAUUUAUUGAACAAAGUAAUUACGUCAGUAGUUAGUCGAUGAGGUUUUAAUAACUAAUUUAUAAUUGUACUCAAGGCUUUCCACACAGCGAUACAUUCCCCGCGAUUGCAGAUUGAAAUGUAUGAAGUAAGGGCAUAAUGAUAUAGUAAUAACAAUUGAGUUGGGCUAUCAUUACAACAGUGGAUGUGUGAUAUCAUAAAAAAAGUGGAUGUGUGAUAUCAUUACAACAGUGGAGGUGUGAUAUCAUUACAACAGUGGAUGUGUGCUAUCAUUACGACUGUGGAUGUGUGCUAUCAUUACAACAAUGGAUGUGUGCUAUCAUUACAACAUUGGAUGUGUGCCAUAUUACAACAGUGGAUAAUAAUAAUAAUAAUAAUAAUAAAGUUUAUUUGAAAAACACGAUUCAUCCCCAAAAGCUCAAAGCACGGUACAAAGUAAACUAUAAUUAAAAUUAAAAUAAAAAUAAAAACAAUCUAAAAUUUACCACAUUUUAAAAAAAAUGAUGCAACAAUGUAAAACUCCAUACGAGCAUACCAAGUCAAAGUCUUUCAUUCCGUUUCAACACAAGCCAAUAUACAUUAACUGAAAAAGAUGGUAGAUAGCAUCACCCCAAAAGGUGUUUGCGAAAUAGAUGUGUUUUUAAAUCGGUUCUAAGGGACUCCAGUGUCUGGCUGUUUCUGAGAGCGACUGGAAGGGCGUUCCAAAUUGUUGGGCCGGCAAAUGCAAAAGUGCGCUUUCUGUAAGUCUCAAGGCGAACACACGGUAUCGAUAUUUUACCACUAUAGGAUGAGUGGAGCUCUCUAGUGGGUACAUAAGGCGUCAUGAGCGCUUUGAGAUAGGACGGCGCCAGGUCAUGUAAGCAGCGGUAGCACAAAGUUGCAAUUUUGUACUCUAUGCGAGCACGCACCGGCAGCCAGUGCAACUCUAUCAGAAGUGUUUUUGCAUGGUCGAAUUUGUGUUUGCGAAGAACAAUGCGAGCCGCAUUAUUCUGUGCUCUUUGAAUUUUAUCCAGGAGCGUAGCUGGGAGACCCACCUUGAGAGCAUUGCAGUAGUCCAUUCGUGAUAACACAAAUGCAGUCAUUAGCCUCUUUGUGGCAUCUAACGUUAAGAAAGGUCUGAUAUGACUAAUCCUGUGCAGCUUUAGGAAAAUUGCCUUGCAAAGCAUGUUAUAUGAUUUUCCAUAUUUAGUGUUCUGUCUAAAUAGACACCUAGGUCUCGCACUGUAUGAGCAAACUCAAUCUGCAUACCUGAGAGAGUAAGUGAUUUUGUGUUUUUCACAGAUUUUUGUUUCUGAGCAGUGGGAAUGGGGAUCAGCUCAGUCUUUUCAUCAUUCAAUUUGAGCUUGUUUAUGGUCAUCCAGUGCUUAACUGAAUCCACUGUCUUCUGUGUCGUACUAAGAAGUUGAAGGAACUGAGAGGGGAUCACGGAUUGAUGAAGUUGUGUAUCGUCCGCGAAGAUGUGAUACAGCAUGUCAAAUUGCUUGAUCACUGCACCCAGUGGCUGAACGUACAUAGUGAAAAGCAUAGGGCCUAGGACCGAGCCCUGCGGUACUCCGAAUUCAAUUAUACAUUACUUCAACGUCAAGCCGUUUGAAAUAACUGACUGGACCCAAUUUGUCAGAUACGAGUGAAACCAUCUCAGGACGGUAUCUGUGAGACCGAACGUUUUUUGCAGACGCUUGAGUAGUAUGCCGUGGUCAAGUGUAUCGAAAGCUGCCGAAAAAUAGAGUAAAGACAAAAUGGAUGCCUGGCCCUCAUCACAAGACGACAGAAGGUUGUUUGUGACGCACAACAGGGCUGUCCCAGUAGAGUGGUGCGCCCUGUAUGCUGACUGGAAAGGUUCAAACAAGUCAUAUUGAAUGAGGUGAUCCAGGAGUUGGCGGAGAACGACUUUUUCCUAAGAUGUUGGGUAUAAAUGGUAGAUUUGAGAUGGGGCGAUAACUUUCCAUCACAUUUGGGUCAAGAUUUGAUUUCUUUAACAGUGGCGUUACUAUUGCCUCUUCAAAAUAUCUUGGAACAAACCAGUUGUCAAGGACUUAAUUUAUGAUACAAAUGUUGAUGGGGACUAUUUCAUCCAGACAUUCAUACAACAGCCUUGUUGGAAGAGGGUCGAGUGAGCAUGACUUUCUCGGGGUAUUAGCCACGAUUUUCCUCACAUUCGAUUCACUGAUCUCAACAAAUUCACCCACAGGAGAGCCGUUGAAGAGUGAGAAUUCUUGAGCAGUAGCGAUGCAACUGUCAAGUUUCGCCCUGAUCUACUUGGCUUUUGUAAUAAAGUAGUCAUUUAGAGCGUCUGGCAGCUCUUCUACAGCAAUGUUAUUUGGCAGAGAUGUGGCCUUGUUUAUACCGGUCAGCUAACCCACAAUGCGAAAUAAGUCCUGGUUUGAGCUGCUGCCUGUAAUCUGAUGACUAACAUCUAGCUGGAAGGAACAACCUCUUGGUUCGUUCCCUGUGGUCAACAAAGAUUUGCCGUUGCACAGUCAAGCCCGACUUCCGUCAUUGGCGUUCUGCAAGUCGCUGUUUCUGCUUAGCGUACUUAAUUUCGGGCGUGAGCCUUGGGGCGGAAGGGCGGUCCGUAACUCACCGUGUGGACAGUGGUGCAUGUUUGUCUAAAAUGACUCUGAGGCCACUGUUGUAGUCUGUAGCAGCGUCAUCUUCACUGCACUCAAGGGCUGCGACGCCACAUCUAAAGGCCGCUAGAUCUAUAUGUCAGAGGUCACGGGAUGUUACUGAGCGCAGAAGGCGUCCUGGCUUCCUCAAGUCAAAGUCGAAGGCGACUGGGAAGUGAUCAGAAAUAAGUUUGUCCUCAAUAAUGAAGUUGCGGAUCAUUGCUGCGCGGUCUUCUCUGACAACAACCAAUCUAGGAUUUGGCCUCGCUUCUGCGUCGGGACACUGACAAGCUGCGUCAUUCAGUGCGUGUCGAGAGCUGAUUUUAGGGUCUUCACGUAGCUGUCGGUGGUGGAGUCGAAAUGGCAGUUUAUGUCGCCGAUUAUAAUGACAUUGUUGUUGCGUACAUGUCAAGGAUUUUAUAAACUCCACAGUAAACUGACAGAUCUUCAACUUAUUUUGCUUAUUUGGAGGUGGCCUGUUUAUGCACAGAAACUUCAUCGCUUGUUCACCGUAAUUAAGUUGCAUUUUGCACAUUUCAAAUGAAACAAACUCGUCCAAUUUUGAGAAGGCCAAACUAUUUUUAAGGGAGUUCCUGUAAAGGACGGCAAUACCACCACCACUGCGCGACUGCCGUGGGCAAGAGUGAAGGACGUAGUACGGACGUGUAAUUUCUUGAAGCUUCACCUCAUCUCCGACACGUUUAAACCACGUCUCGGUAAUGAACACAAGGUCGGCCCUGCUCUCCAAGACAAGAUCACACACCUCGGCCGUCUUAUUCCUGCAGGACUGGGAGUUGAAAUAUAGCACUCCGAAAUGCCGUGAUUGCGGCUUCACAGCAGGCUGGCAGUCAACAACUAUUAAAUUUGAUCGCGUCACGGCCCGACGAGGCGGUGUGACAUCAUGAGCCACCGGCCGUGCUCUUGGGAUUGAUACGUAGGGAAUGGUCGUGAUGGAUGACACAGUAUGUGGCUGAUUUCCGUCGUUACUGACAGCCUCGUUUAAAGGCUUGACAUGACGAUCUCCACAAGCAAUACUGUUGACAUGGCUUUGGCCAUGGUGGUAUUUCAGUGGACGCUGUUUCCGACGAACAUCUCGAUACAGACGCUUCUUCUUUCGUCGUGCGCCAACUUUCCGUCCACCACUACGAUGGGUACGCUUACGGGGCAGGCCUCGACCGAUGCAGAGUUCUAUCAGUCGAUACACCAAAUGGGAGUCGCUUAGUCACUUCCUUGUUUUGUCACGUGAUGAGAGUAAGCCAUCACUAGGCUGCAACACACUCUAAAAGAUAACAGCUGAUCUGCCAUUAAUUUUUAAGAAAAAUGUUCGUCUUCAUCAGUGCUUCCCCAAUGUCAUGUUACCUAAAAAUUUUACCUUUCAAAAUAUUCUGGCAAACACUUGUUUAUUUUAAUGAAAUAUAUAAAUGUGACCAUAAAUAUACGUCAGUUAUGAUUAAAGGAAGAAAAUUAUUUCAAGAAAAAUGUGUGAGCGAUAUUCGAUGGGAACUUGAGCUCCGUGCCCAUGACGUCAUUUUCGUGUUUAAUAUAUGUGCAAGAGUCAUUCCUCUUUAUUUUAUUGUUAAUUUUCAUUGGACGAAAUGUCGGCAUACCCAAUGACGUCAUUUGCGUGUUUAUUCAAUAGGAAGGAAUAUUUUAAUAACCGGUUGGAACAAGAUUUCAUGUGAAUAAUUAACGAAGGUCCACUUUGUCAAGCAAUUGUCUUAAAGUUUUUUUAUCCUUAAGCGGAAACUUAUUCAGACUUAUACCGCUGUCCUUAACUUGACUGUUUGAACAGCCAAGAGCCGAACAUUGCCUAGGUAUCUUGUAGUGUGUAACGGGCUACUGUUGUCAAGCCCUAGUGUGUUGCAUAGAGCCUACCGGAAGUCUUACUCAUAUUUACUCUCAUCACGUGACAAAACAAUUGACUAAGCGACUCCCAUCAGCAGUCAAGAGUAUGCGUUUGACAUUAAUUGACAAUAAUCGAUCACGUGAGUACAUCAACCGGGACGUGUCGCCAAGCGUAUCAUUAGCUUGCAUGAGCAAUGAUUUUGAUGACAGCUAAGAUGGCCGACUACGCAAAGAAAACAGGAACACAUAUAAAAUUAAAAUAUGAUCAAGAGCUUGAUUCUAUACAUGCCUGUAAGGCGUAGUCUCAAGCUUAAGACAACUUUGACUUCCCCAAAAUUAAAUUUUGUAAUUUUGAUAAUCAUUACACAGUUUCUUCUUGAUUUGUGUACAAUGUCGGCAUUCAAAACUUAAAAGGCCGCCAUCUUGUUGCUAGCCGGAAGUUAUAUAUAUCAUUAAAACAAUUGUUGUGUGCUAUCAUUACAACAAUGGAGGUGUGCUAUCAUUACAACAAUGGAUGUGGGCUAUCAUUACAACCAUGGAUGUGUGCUAUCAUGACAACAAUGGAUGUGGGCUAUCAUUACAACCAUGGAUGUGUGCUAUCAUGACAACAGUGGAUGUGUGAUAUCAUUACGACGGUGCUAUGUGUGCUAUCAUGACAACAGUUGAUGUGUGAUAUCAUUACAACAGUGAAUGUGUGCUAUCAUUACAACAAUGGAUGUGUGCUAUCAUUACAACCAUGGAUGCGUGCUAUCAUGACAACAGUUGAUGUGUGAUAUCAUUACAACAAUGUGUUAGUAGCAAAAUCUGUCCAUUUAUUGUAAUUAAGGUUUUUUUUAGGGUAAAAAUUAAUAUUAAUAAUGAUACUUCUUGUAAGUUGAAAUGUACACGUUCUGGUAUACCGCAUGCAUCUUGUUGACAUUGUCUCCCCAGAAAUUAUUCUUCAUCAGGUUACAAAAUUAUAAUAUAAGGUCGUAUUUAAAAAAAAAUUGUUUUGUAUUUAAGCAUUAAAUAAAAUCGGUCUACAUAAAUCACUGACAGGUUUUGGAAAUGUUAUUACAUUUAGGGUUUUACUUUAUUUCUGAUGAUCUAACCUCUUGCAGACAUGACGGCUUUUCCACCACCAUAGAUGCCAGAGAAACAGCCCCGGAGCGGGCAACGGAGAACAUGUUUGUAGGGAACUCUAAAUCUUCAUCUGAAGGUAAUUGAACAAAUGAAACGACCAAGAAGAAAAAUAGCAAGAAGAACAACAUUGUGAAUUGACGUCUUAAAGGAAAUAUUGGGUCUGCUAAUGGUGGUCUUGGAUCUGCUAAUGGUGGUCGAGAUUAAAUUCAGAGUACAUCGGACUCUUGCGUACGCUUUUAAUACACUUAUACACUUGAACACUUAUAUCUCCUGACAACCCCCCCUCCCCUAUCUCAACAAUUUAUAAUGGUGUAGCUGUGUUAAGCUUGACAAUUUUUGCUUACAAAAAAAGCCUGUAUACUAUUUUUCUUAGGGCCUUAACAUGUACACACGAAAAUUUCUAAUUGCUUUACAUUUUCUAGCUGUUUGAUACAAAUUUUUUUUUUUUCUUUUUUUUUUUUUUUUGUUGUUUUUUUUUUUUUUUUUUUUUUUUUUUUACAUUUUAAGACCGACUUUACCGACCCUCAAAAAAUUUUUUUUNAGCCUUAGAGUUCUGGCAUGGCGCGGACACCAGCGCAUAAGUCGCCUGUCUCACAGAGCCUUAGAGUUCUGGCAUGGCGCGGACACCAGCGCAUAAGUCGCCUGUCUCACAGAGCCUUAGAGUUCUGGCAUGGCGCGGACACCAGCGCAUAAGUCGCCUGUCUCACAGAGCCUUAGAGUUCUGGCAUGGCGCGGACACCAGCGCAUAAGUCGCCUGUCUCACAGAGCCUUAGAGUUCUGGCAUGGCGCGGACACCAGCGCAUAAGUCGCCUGUCUCACAGAGCCUUAGAGUUCUGGCAUGGCGCGGACACCAGCGCAUAAGUCGCCUGUCUCACAGAGCCUUAGAGUUCUGGCAUGGCGCGGACACCAGCGCAUAAGUCGCCUGUCUCACAGAGCCUUAGAGUUCUGGCAUGGCGCGGACACCAGCGCAUAAGUCGCCUGUCUCACAGAGCCUUAGAGUUCUGGCAUGGCGCGGACACCAGCGCAUAAGUCGCCUGUCUCACAGAGCCUUAGAGUUCUGGCAUGGCGCGGACACCAGCGCAUAAGUCGCCUGUCUCACAGAGCCUUAGAGUUCUGGCAUGGCGCGGACACCAGCGCAUAAGUCGCCUGUCUCACAGAGCCUUAGAGUUCUGGCAUGGCGCGGACACCAGCGCAUAAGUCGCCUGUCUCACAGAGCCUUAGAGUUCUGGCAUGGCGCGGACACCAGCGCAUAAGUCGCCUGUCUCACAGAGCCUUAGAGUUCUUGCAUGGCGCGGAAACCAGCGCAUAAGUCGCCUGUCUCACAGAGCCUUAAAGUUCUUGCUCACAUGAUAUUUACAAAUCCUCCGAUGCAUUCUUCAUCUUAAGUUUAUAUCCAGAUCCCCCCUUUUAAUAUACAGAGAUAUUUCUAUCCACGCCCUGAAUAUGUAGAGUUUUCUCUAUCCACAUCCACACUAAUAUCCAGAGAUUUCUCUAUACCCUUCCACACCCUUGAUAUCCAGAUAUAUAUCUAUCCACAUCCACACCCUUGAUAUCCAGAGAUUUCUCUAUCCACAUCCACACCCUUGAUAUCCAGAGAUUUCUCUAUCCACAUCCACACCCUUGAUUUCCAGAGAUUUCUCUAUCCACAUCAACACCCUUGAUAUCCAGAAAUUUCUCUAUCCACAUCCACACCCAUGAUAUCCCGAGCUUUCUCUUUCCACAUCCACACCCAUGAUAUCCCGAGAUUUCUUUAUCCACAUCCACACCCAUGAUAUCCCUAGAUUUCUCUAUCCACAUCCACACCCAUGAUAUGCCGAGAUUUCUUUAUCCACAUCCACAACCAUGAUAUCCCGAGGUUUCUCUUUCCACAUCCACACCCAUGAUAUCCCUACAUUUCUCUAUCCACAUCCACACCCAUGAUAUGCCGAGAUUUCUUUAUCCACAUCCACACCCAUGAUAUCCCGAGAUUUCUUUAUCCACAUCCACACCCAUGAUAUCCCGAGGUUUCUUUAUCCACAUCCACACCCAUGAUAUCCCGAGAUUUCUUUAUCCACAUCCAUGCCCAUGAUAUCCCGAGGUUUCUCUUUCCACAUCCACACCCAUGAUAUCCCUAGAUUUCUCUAUCCACAUCCACACCUUCCACACCCAUGAUAUCCCGAGCUUUCUCUUUCCACAUCCACACCCAUGAUAUCCCGAGAUUUCUUUAUCCACAUCCACACCCAUGAUAUCCCUAGAUUUCUCUAUCCACAUCCACACCCAUGAUAUCCCGAGAUUUCUUUAUCCACAUCCAUGCCCAUGAUAUCCCGAGGUUUCUCUUUCCACAUCCACACCCAUGAUAUCCCUAGAUUUCUCUAUCCACAUCCACACCCAUGAUAUCCCGAGGUUUCUCUUUCCACAUCCACACCCAUGAUAUCCUGAGAUUUCUUUAUCCACAUCCACACCCAUGAUAUCCCUAGAUUUCUCUAUCCACAUCCACACCCAUGAUAUCCCGAGGUUUCUCUUUCCACAUCCACACCCAUGAUAUCCCUAGAUUUCUCUAUCCACAUCCACACCCAUUAUAUCCCGAGAUUUCUCUAUCCACAUCCACACCCAUGAUAUCCCUAGAUUUCCCGUGAUAUCCAUAGAUUUCAAAUGUCCAUUCCGUCUCACAGGCCCACUGAGCAUAGCGGUUCCAGGCGAAAUCAAAGGAUACUGGGCUGUUCAUAAAAAAUAUGGGAGACUCCCGUGGAAGGAACUAUUUCAGCAUGCCAUUAAAAUGGCUGAAGAAGGGUUUGCUGUUCCUGCAGGACUUGAUAAGGCCAUACAAGACGCUGAGCAGGAUCUGCUUCUAGAGCCAUCAUUCAAGUAAGUGUCAACAUUUUUCAAAGAAAUUGCGUUCAAUUAAAUAAAUAUCCCGAAAAGAAUAUUUAAUGCAACAAAUGUCACUGAAGGGAGAUUCAAUGAACAAAAACAAAAAAACUAACAUGAGUAGCAGUGGCUUAUGAGAAGUGGGGUGGGGAGGGGGGUUAAAUGGGGGGAGGGGAGGUGUUAACCCCAGGAAGUAUUUUUAUUUUUAAUGGCAAUAUUUUUUGGCUAAUUGCUAAGUUUUAUUUUUAGUUUGUAUGUGUGUGUGUGUUGAAUGGGUGGCAAAACGCUUGCCCGUCCACUGCUUGCACAACCCUAGUUACACCACUAGUAUUUGAUUUGGCAUUCUUCUUGUUAAUUGCUAAAGAAUCAGACGUCUGCUUCAGCCAAACCAUUGGGCUCAUUAAUGCGCACUCAUCUAUAAAGAAAGCAUUGGUCAUCAAUGAUCUUAUCACUGAGAAGUCUAUUAACAUUAUUAUUAUCACGGAGACAUGGCUUCAUGAGGGUGGUGAUGAACCAGCAAUGCGAGACAUGACCCCUGCAAUGAGAGACAUGACCCCAGCAAUGAGAGACAUGACCCCAGCAAUGAGAGACAUGACCCCUGCCGGCUACGCUUUUUUCAUCGUCCUCGGUCUUCUGGUCAAAGUGGUGGGAGGGUGGCUGUGAUCCAUCGAUCCUCCAUUACUGUGAGACUGUGUAAUCAAUAUACUUUAGCUUCUUUUGAGAGUUUAAGGCUUGUAAUUUCUCACGGCAAAGAGACGGUACGAACUGUCGCUCUAUACAGACCUCCACCUUCUGCUUAAAAGAAGCUCAAAGACAGCACGUUUCAUGAGGACUUGGGGAAAACUUGUAACCUCUAUUGACAACAAAAAUCUACUCAUCUUAGGUGACUUUAAUUUUCACUGGGAUUAUCAACGUUGCAGGAAUAUUCGCCUUCUUACACAGUUGUUUGACUCUGCUAAUUUAGUUCAGCAUGUUUCUGUACCAACGCAUAGGGGGGGGGGGUUAUGUCUUGGACUGGGUUCUAUCAAGAUCCGACAAAGAGCUAUUAAUUCAGUCUGUGAAUGUGGACGAUAUUCUAUUGUCUGAUCACUUCCUUGUGUGGUUUACAACAAAUAUGGCUAGGCCUCUUGCUCAGGUGGAGAAAAUUCAAGUGAUGAACUUAAAGAAGAUGGAUAUUGAUUCUUUUCUGGAUUGUCUUUCUGAGACUGCACCACCUGAAGAUAUCGCCCUUCUCUACAAUCGGACUCUCAUUUCUCUGUUGGACACAUAUGCCCCAGGGUCAAAUAAAUUUGUUAGUGACAGAUCUAACUCCUCUUGGUUCACUCCCACAGUUCGGAAAGCCAAGCUUGUUAGACGUGUAGCUGAGAAGCUGUUGGAGAAGGAGUGGCCGUGAACUUCUGGAAAAACUAUCAUCUCUGAAAGCACGCAACAUGAAUGCCGAAGAAAUCAGGCACGCAAAGUCUGAUCAUGUUCAAUCUUUCCUUAUGGCGGCAGGUACUGAUUCUCAAAAGAUGUUCUCUGUGUCGAAUGAUCUUCUUGGGAAGAAAUCAGCACCUCUCGUUUUGCCUGACUUGAGAAGCGAUAAAGCUGCCGUUAAACUGCGUGAUUUUUUCUCUGAAAAAAUUGAAACAAACAGAAGGAGCUUUGGGGAACGUUGUGAUUUGUCUACGGUGGAAAAAGUCAUUGAAGGCAAACAUCAGGAGGAAUUUUCCCCCGUUUCCCAUGAAAAAUUAAGAAAUAUAAUCAUGGCAUCUAGACCUACAUGUCUAUUGUUGACCCCAUCCCAAACAAGAUUGUUUUGGUCUGUCUGGAAGUCUUGCUUCCUGUACUGGUAAACAUCGUCAAUAUUAGCCUUCAAUCUGCUACAGUUCAAAGUCUCUUCAAGACAGUGUGGUCUUUAAGCUUCUGCUGAAAAAAAAAACUGAUUUAGGCCCAAAGGACUGCAAUAAUUUUCGCCCGGUCUCCAACCUGCCCUUUGUAUCUAAGAUUCUUGAGAGAGUUGUGUCACAGCAGCUUGUGCAGCAUCUUAACACUUAUGACUUGCUUGACAAGUUUCAAUCUGCAUAUCGAACCUGGCACAGCUGUGAGACAGCAUUACUUCGUUUUAUGAAUGAUGUUCUUUGUAGUGCUGACCGUGGGGAUCUGACAAUAAUUUUGUUUCUGUUGGAUCUCAGUGCUACCUUUGAUAUGAUCGACCAUGAGCUUCUUCUGUCAAGACUUCUGAAUGUGGCAGGCAUUACUGUAACUGCAUUCCACUGGUUUUCUUCUUAUCUGACUGACAAGACUCAGCAUAUUGUAGUGAGGCAAGCGUCUUCCAUGGACACGUCCGUUACCCGCAGUGUGCCACAGGGCUCAGUUUUAGGACCUAUGCUGUUCUCCAUGUACACUAGCCAGCUUGGCAGAAUUAUUGAACGCCAUGGUAUUUCCCGCAAAAUAUUUGCAGAUGACCCAUAACUAUACAAGUGUUUCCGCCCUGCUCCCUUGGAGUGUGCUACUGCUGUUCAGGCUGUCGAGGAUUGCUGUCUUGCUGUGAAAGAUUGGAUGUCAUCAAACAGACUAAAAUUAAAUGAUGAUAAUACUGAUGCAAUUAUUUUUGGUUCAGACACCAAUCUUCGGAAAUUUGCCAUUGCAUCAAUAAAAGUUGGUGAAUCAGAGAUCCUGUUGUCCUCAACUAUCAGAGACCUUGACUUUUAUAUUGACAGAAAACUUAGUAUGAUUCCCCAUAUCAGUUCUGUUGUCAAGGUAUGCUUUUGUCAUCUACGUCCUCAACUCAAAAGGAAAAAAGCCAAUGCUGUCAAGAUUAGAUUACUGUAAUAGUUGUUUGUUGGGUUUGCGCCAAAAGAUACAACAUUACUGCAGCACGCAUUGUAUCGCGGAUGAAAAAAUCUGACCACAUCACCCCAGUUCUACGAGAUCUCCAUUGGGUUCCUGUGAGUGAGCGCAUUAAUUACAAAAUUCUGUCCAUGGCGUACAGCUGCAUAGAUGGCUCAGCACCGAAAUAUCAUAAGGAACUGAUUUAUAAACAUGUAUCCGUGAAGAGCCUGCGGUCUUCAUCACAAUACUGGCUGAGUGUUCCUAGUGUGGAUAAACACAGAAAAAAGUCGUAAAGAGUGCGCUCUUUUGAAGCGAUAGCGCCAAAAUUAUGGAAAAGUUUGCCUUAAUCUUUGAGAGGAAUUGUAAAUGAUAAAAAAUCAUUUAAGAAUCAAUUAAAAACUUUUUUGUUUAAAUAGAUUUCGGAGGACCAGAACGCAGUGAGCAGGCUUAAGUGGCAUGGAUACCGGCGCGAUAAGUGGCAUGGAUACCGGCGCGAUAAGUGGCAUGGAUACCGGCACGAUAGCAAUAUCAAAUCAAAUUUAAAAAAAAAAACACGAAAUCAUUCCUCGUUUGAAGACGUCUGCUUCAGCUCUCACGGAGAAGUUCACAUGCGUUCUCUGUUUUUGUUAAAUCUCCGUAGGCACGAAUCUCUUCAACCCCACCCCCCACCACACCCCCGUCUUUCCCCGCCCACCCCCAUUUCAAUUCGUUCAAUUUCUCCUGUGACAAGUAUCCACCAAUUUAAUGGAGGUGUGUCGUGCCUGUGAAGCAUCAUUUUGAUACAAGCUCCUUUGCUUACUGCCUUUUUUAAAGAAAGCGUAAUCCUUACAUAGAUCAAGCCGGCACAACAUACGGCCCGCGGGCCACAUGCGGUCCUCCAGCAUCCAUUUUGCAGGCCUGCGAAGUAACGAAAUAUUCUUUUUUUUUUUUUUUUUUUUAAAACCCCCCCCCCCCCCCCAACUGUCCUCUUUUCUUUCAGCCCGCACAAGUUUUAGAUAAAAUGUUACGGCACGCCCUAUAUUUUAAGUCUUGCAGGCCUGGCAUGCAACAAAGACAGUUUUAGUAUUUUAAGCUAUUAAUUUAUUAUUUUAAGUUAUCUCAAGGCGAUACAAAUAUUUUUUUUUCCUCUUAUUUGCAAGAAGACAACGUUUUCACGUUACAAACAAUAAGUCGCGGUUUUAAUGUUGUUUCCAUCAGGCAAGUCUUUUUAAACAAGGAGACAGGAAAGCUCUACAGGGAAAAUGAGAUCAUGACGAGACCACAGCUGGCCGAGACAUUGAGGGUUAUCGCUGAUGAAGGAGCCAACGCAUUCUAUAACGGUUCUCUGACUGAUCAAAUUGUGGAUGACCUUAAAGACAUGGGUAAGCACAGUAUAGCUAUAGACCUUAAGGUCUAAGGGCUACUAGUUAAUCGCUAAAUUCCUUUUUACAUAAUAUAAUUGAAGCUUUCAACUUAAAAUGUGCUUUCCUUUAGCUUUGACACAGUUACCCAUAUCUUAAAGUGCAUGUUUACCAUGCAAUAAAUUGGACACUUCACUAGUUGACAAAAAAAAAUGUUUCUAAAAGAACAAAUAUGUUGGUUUAAUUUUAAAAGAAAAAUGCAGAAUAAUUGUACACACAUAGCUUCAAUGUUAGGCAUAUUCGUGACGUCAUUUGCUCACAGAAUUCGCUGUGGACAUGCAGCACAUACGACUAUUUAAAGAAGAUUUUAAGAGCCCCAAUAUUGUGGUAUACAAAAGUAGAAUGAUCUAUCAACAUUGAAUGCAAGGAACAAAACACCGAAAAGUGGAGGUGAACCUUCCAAAGACAAGCAAUUGCUUUGGAUUUAUCUCCACCUUCUCUGUCCUCUUAAGACUGUGAUCUGUACGAACGAUCAGCCUUGUGGCGGCUAUAUGCGAUAAAAAUACCAAACCAACACAAACACACAACUAUGCAAACACACACACCACUCACAAACACACAUAGCAAAAAACAUAUAUAUCAAAAUAUAUAUGAGAUAGGUCAAUGUUUUGUAUAUCUCAGGAUCAAUCAUCACACGCAAUGAUUUCAUCAACUAUGAAGUCAUUGAAAAGAAACCUCUAGAGAUAACUCUCAAUGGUGGAGUUAGAGUUAUUUCCCCUCCCGCACCAAGUGGAGGCGCUGUGUUGUCUUUCAUUUUAAACGUGUUAGAUGGUGAGUCGAUACGUGUGGUGAUUAAUAUCUGUGUUUAAUGUGCUCUAAAGUUCAAUACCAAGUGUAUUUCUAUUCAAUAUCUUUAAUUGAGUUAAACAUCGUUAAAUUGACCUUGUACAUAUUUAUAAGACGGAGGGGGUAAGGGUGGUGGUUACUGCCCUUAAACCUUUUGCCUCUAACUUACUGCCCCUAACUUACUAGCUCUAACUUACUGCCCCUUACUUACUAGCUCUAACUUACUGCCCCUAACUUACUAGCUCUAAGUUACUGCCCCUACCUUACUAGCUCUAACUAACUGCCCCUACCUUACUAGCUCUAACCAACUGCCCCUAUUUGACUAGAUCUAACUUACUAGCUCUAACUUACUGCCCCUAAAUUACUAGCUCUAAGUUACUGCCCCUACCUUUCUAGCUCUAACUUACUGCCCCUACCUUACUAGCUCCAACCAACUGCCCCUAUUUGACUAGAUUUAACUUACUGCCCCUAACUUACUACCUCUAAGUUACUGCCCCUACCUUACUAGCUCUAACUUACUGCCCCUACCUUACUAGCUCUAACUUACUGCUGCUAACUUACGGCUUUAACUUAUUGCCGCUAUCUAUUCCCCUUAACUUAUUGCCUGAAGCUUAUGGCCCCUUAAAAGCCCAUAUGUCACUUAAGAAUGAUGAAUUACUAAAGACCAUAAGAAUUGGAGAAGAGCAAUAAUGUUGUCACGAAUAAAUUAAUCAACAUUUUAUCAAACAUGAAAGUCGUCCAUUUUAUUUUGACUAAAUAUCAUUCUAAAUGUUUCACUUUAACAUUUCAUAUUCUAAAUGUUUCACUUUAACAUUUCUUAUAAAGUUUCUAGGGUUCAAAGUGCUAAUUAAGUGUAUAGGGGUCAAAGUGCUAAUAAACUAUCCAGGAAUCAAAGUGCUAAUAAAGCGUCCCGUGGUCACGUGCUAAUACGAUGUCCUGGGGUCAAAGUGUUACAGAUAUGCCCAGGGGUAAAAGUUCUAAGAAUGUUCCAUGGGUAUUCAUAGUACUAAUAAUUUUUCAGAAGUAAGUGUGCUAAUAAAAUGUCCAGGGGUCAAAGUGCAGGUAAUUUUUUCUGGGUCGAAAUAGUUGACAUAGAAUUAUAUAUUGAUUAAAUUUAAAAAAAAGAAGUAAUUAUUGACGUAUCUAAGAUUCUGCUUGUAUUAAUGUGGUCUCUUGUCUCCAUACAUUGAUGUAACACUCAUGUUGUACUAAUGUGGACUCUUGUCUCAAUACAUUGAUGUAAUACUAAUGUUGUACUAAUGUGGUCUCUUGCCUCCAUACAUUGAUGUAAUACUAAUGUUGUACUAAUGUGGUCUCUUGUCUCCAUACAUUGAUGUAAUACUAAUGUUGUACUAAUGUGGACUCUUGUCUCCAUACAUUGAUGUAAUACUAAUGUUGUACUAAUGUGGACUCUUGUCUCCAUACAUUGAUGUAAUACUAAUGUUGUACUAAUGUGGUCUCUUGCCUCCAUACAUUGAUGUAAUACUAAUGUUGUACUAAUGUGGGCUCUUGCCUCCAUACAUUGAUGUAAUACUAAUGUUGUACUAACGUGGACUCUUGCCUCCAUACAUUGAUGUAAUACUAAUGUUGUACUAAUGUGGACUCUUGUCUCCAUACAUUGAUGUAAUACUAAUGUUGUACUAAUGUGGACUCUUGUCUCCAUACAUUGAUGUAAUACUCAUGUUGUACUAAUGUGAUCUCUUGCCUCCAUACAUUGAUGUAAUACUAAUGUUGUACUAAUGUGGACUCUUGCCUCCAUACAUUGAUGUAAUACUAAUGUUGUACUAAUGUGGUCUCUUGCCUCCAUAUAUUGAUGUAAUACUAAUGUUGUACUAAUGUGGUCUCUUGCCUCCAUACAUUGAUGUAAUACUAAUGUUAUACUAAUGUGGACUCUUGCCUCCAUACAUUGAUGUAAUACUAAUGUUGUAAUAAUGUGGUCUCUUGCCUCCAUACAGUUGAUGUUAUACUAAUGUUGUACUAAUGUGGUCUCUUGCCUCCAUACAUUGAUGUAAUACUAAUGUUAUACUAAUGUGGACUCUUGCCUCCAUACAUUGAUGUAAUACUAAUGUUGUAAUAAUGUGGUCUCUUGCCUCCAUACAUUGAUGUUAUACUCAUGUUGUACUAAUGUGAUCUCUUGCCUCCAUACAUUGAUGUAAUAGUAAUGUUGUACUAAUGUGGACUCUUGCCUCCAUACAUUGAUGUAAUUCUAAUGUUGUACUAAUAUGGACUCUUGUCUCCAUACAGUUGAUGUAAUACUAAUGUUGUACUAAUGUGGACUCUUGUCUCCAUACAUUGAUGUUAUACUAAUGUUGUACUAAUGUGGUCUCUUGCCUCCAUACAUUGAUGUAAUAGUAAUGUUGUACUAAUGUGGACUCUUGCCUCCAUACAUUGAUGUAAUUCUAAUGUUGUACUAAUAUGGACUCUUGUCUCCAUACAUUGAUGUAAUACUAAUGUUGUACUAAUGUGUUCUCUUGCCUCCAUACAUUGAUGUAAUACUAAUGUUGUACUAAUGUGGACUCUUGCCUCCAUACAUUGAUGUAAUACUAAUUUUGUACUAAUGUGGACUCUUGUCUCCAUACAUUGAUGUAAUUCUAAUGUUGUACUAAUAUGGACUCUUGUCUCCAUACAUUGAUGUAAUACUAAUGUUGUACUAAUGUGGUCUCUUGCCUCCAUACAUUGAUGUAAUACUAAUGUUGUACUAAUGUGGACUCUUGUCUCCAUACAUUGAUGUAAUACUAAUGUUGUACUAAUGUGGACUCUUGUCUCCAUACAUUGAUGUUAUACUAAUGUUGUACUAAUGUGGACUCUUGCAUCCAUACAUUGAUGUAAUACUAAUGUUGUACUAAUGUGGACUCUUGCCUCCAUACAUUGAUGUUAUACUAAUGUUGUACUAAUGUGGACUCUUGCCUCCAUACAUUGAUGUUAUACUAAUGUUGUACUAAUGUGGACUCUUGUCUCCAUACAUUGAUGUUAUACUAAUGUUGUACUAAUGUGGACUCUUGCCUCCAUACAUUGAUGUUAUACUAAUGUUGUACUAAUGUGGACUCUUGCCUCCAUACAUUGAUGUUAUACUAAUGUUGUACUAAUGUGGACUCUUGUCUCCAUACAUUGAUGUUAUACUAAUGUUGUACUAAUGUGGACUCUUGUCUCCAUACAUUGAUGUUAUACUAAUGUUGUACUAAUGUGGACUCUUGUCUCCAUACAUUGAUGUAAUACUAAUGUUGUACUAAUGUGGACUCUUGUCUCCAUACAUUGAUGUUAUACUAAUGUUGUACUAAUGUGGUCUCUUGUCUCCAUACAUUGAUGUUAUACUAAUGUUGUACUAAUGUGGACUCUUGUCUCCAUACAUUGAUGUUAUACUAAUGUUGUACUAAUGUGGACUCUUGUCUCCAUACAUUGAUGUUAUACUAAUGUUGUACUAAUGUGGUCUCUUGUCUCCAUACAUUGAUGUUAUACUAAUGUUGUACUAAUGUGGACUCUUGUCUCCAUACAUUGAUGUUAUACUAAUGUUGUACUAAUGUGGUCUCUUGCCUCCAUACAUUGAUUUAAAAUAAAAACCAAAACAUAGUCUUACAAAUUAUUUCGUUUUUGUCUUUUACUUACCAGGCUACUAUUUAACCCCCGAAGACAUCGCCUCUGAUGACUCUAAAACGUUGACCUAUCAUAGAAUCAUCGAAACCUUUAAAUACGCCUUUUCCAAGCGGACAGGCCUGGCAGACG